UAUCAAGAAUUACUAUUAUGUUGUAUGAUAGUUUAGUGGUUGGAAUUAUUGUUGUCUUCUUCAUCUGUGGUCAUGUUAGUGCUAAAGAUGCACUUGCUCCUGGGGAAUAUCUGCGUUCAUAUAACGGAGAUUUCUUGGAGUCAUCAAAUAAACAAUACAGAUUAAAAUUCGUGGGGCGACCCGGAUCUACCUUCACCUGGUAUUUGUGUAUACAGUUCACCGGGUAUCAAUUCCAUUCCAGUUCAGAACAAAUUACAGUUUGGGUUGCUUGGCAGGGCACAGAUGGAGAUGUCUUCUCUCCAUAUUUAUAUAUGGGAGAAGAAGGCAAGUUGUUAAUAUAUACUGGGAACGAUUUCAUUGUAAACAAUCAACAACCUUCUUAUGUUACAAACACAACGGCAACUCUUCUUGAUAAUGGUAACUUAGUUUUGCGAAGUCCAGGCCGGGGGCGUAGGUUGUGGCAAAGUUUCGAUUACCCCACUAAUACUUGGCUUCCAGGCAUGAAAUUGGGUUGGUUUGCAGGGCUGAAAACUCACCACCAACGUUUUCUGACUUCUUGGACCAGCGAGGAAAACCCUUCUCCCGGUGCUUUUACCUUUGGUGUUGAUCCCAAUAAUACUAAGCAGAUAGUUCUCAUGCGAAGAGGGAUUGUUUAUUGGCACAGUGGGGUCUGGAAUGGCAUCAAUUUUCCAUUUCUUCACCUUCAUCAAAUCCAACUCAAUAAUCUCAUUAGGUAUUUCUCCAACCAAAACGGAAGCUAUUUUGUUUGGAAUGAGCAAUUUUAUUUGAAUGCAACCUUUAUCCGUAUUCAUGCAACUGGGGAAGUAUUUAUUGGGUUUGAUGGAGAUCUUCAAAGCUUCAAAUUCAUUGGUUUUGACUGUUAUAAUAAUAAGACUAGUCUUUAUGCACAUGCCAGUGGGGGGUGCGUAAGACCCAAAAUAUCCAAUUGUAGUGAUGGAGACUGGUUCAAUCUAACAACUGGUGUCACGGAAUGGGAACAAUAUUUGUUUAACUCCACGUUUGGUAUUGGUGAUUGCACCGAAAUGUGUGCAAAAAACUGUUCUUGCAACGCCUAUGCUGCUGUCAAUGCUGAUGAUGGUCGUACCGGAUGCAAGUUUUCUUCUUCCCCUGCCUAUCGUUACGUGAAUAAUGGGGAAGCUCUUUACAUUCGCAAUGCAAAACCAGCAAAUCGAACCAAAUUGUCUCCACUUCACCAUCCCGGCGCUGAUCUGACAAAGAGAAAUCCACACCACAAGAAAACACUACUCAUAGUUGCUCUUACAGUAGCAUUAUUGUUGGUGAUCCUUGCCAUGCUUUUUCUAGUAUGGUAUAUGAAUCCAAGAAAAUGUUGCGGUUGCUUCAUAGCCUCAAUUCAACAUUCGAAUCAACAACUUGCUGCUGAUGAGGAUGAUGAGGAAUUGCCUUUCUUCAACUUUAAAAGCAUAGAGAUGGCUACCAAUUAUUUUUCUGACGAAAAUAAACUUGGUCAAGGUGGAUUUGGUCCUGUAUAUAAGGGAAUAUUGACCAACGGUCAAGAAAUUGUAGCAAAGAGGCUCUCAAAAAUGUCUGGACAAGGAAUUCAACAAUUUAAGAAUGAGGUUCUAUUGAUUUCAAAAUUACAACACAGGAAUCUUGUUAGACUCCUAGGUUGUUGCACUCAAGGAGAUGAAAGGAUAUUAAUAUACGAGUACCUACCAAAUAAAAGUUUAGAUUCAAUUCUUUUCGAUGCAAGAAAGAAAGUUUGUCUUGAUUGGAGACAACGUUUCUGCAUAAUGGAUGUGAUUGCUCAAGGGCUUUUGUACCUUCACAAGUAUUCAAGGUUGAGGAUUAUUCAUAGGGAUCUUAAAACAAGUAACAUAUUACUAGAUGUCCAUAUGCAUCCUAAGAUUUCAGAUUUUGGAACAGCCAGGAUAUUUAAAGAUAAUGACUCUCGAGCAAAAACAAAAGUCAUUGUUGGGACUUAUGGUUACAUGUCUCCUGAAUAUGCCAUGGAUGGUCUUUUCUCUGAGAAGUCUGAUGUUUUUAGCUUUGGAGUCAUGAUCUUAGAGAUUGUAAGUGGAAAGAGGAACAAUGGCUUCUAUAAUCCCAAUCGAGUUUCAAAUUUACUUGGUUAUGCUUGGGAUUUGUGGAUAGAAGGAAGAAUUUCAGACUUGAUAGAUCCAACAAUGGACAAAAUGGUCUCAACAAAUGAAGCACCAAGAUGUAUCCAAGUAGGUUUGCUAUGUGUUCAAGAAAGUGCAACCGAUAGGCCAAACAUGUCAGAUGUGGUAUCUAUGCUUGGCACGGAAUCAGUAGUCUUACCUACCCCUAAACAACCUGGUUUCUCUACUAUUAUUGGCUUAAAAUGUGAGAAUGUAGGUAAUAAUCCAAAAGCCUGCUCUGUCAAUGAGGUCACAAUUUCAGAGAUAGAAGGUCGAUAGCAACAUGUUCUCAUUAUAUAUAGCUCCCAUUAAGCGUAUGCUCUUGUUUGUUUUUGGUAACAUUAGUUUUUUGACAAAUUAAACUUCAGCAAAUUAAAGAAUGUAAGUGCCUAGCUUCAAGUAUCCUUUCAA